AUGUACGAUGCAGAAUUUACAGACGCUCAGUUAUUAGAUCAACGUAUUUCCGUAGACGACACAGAGUCUAUCGCUAUUGUAGAGUCUGGUACAAUGUUCGUCAGUGGGCACUUCGUGGUCCCUCUGCCAUGGAAGAAUGGUGUCAAUACCGGUAUGGCAAACUAUGCAUCAGCGCUCUCGGGGAUGAACAGCCUGAAGCGGCGCUUGAGUAAUGACGAAUCGCUACGAUUCCGCUACGCACAAACGAUGAAGAUGACUAUGGAGAAGGGAUAUGCCGUACCAGUCCAUGAGGAACAGUUACAAUGCGACUUUCAUCCUCGUUGGUAG